AAUAUCGGAAUCGAAUUGCUGAGGAUCGUGACGGUAAGAAAUAUAUGAGGGCUGUCGGGAUGGUUUAGUUAUGAAACUUUUAUAACAUGUGUGAAACUAACUUCAUUACUUUACCCAAACCAAACUUUGUCCAGACACAGAACACAACAGGAGUUCCUCAUAUCCUCUUUUCUCUAUCUCCAUUAAUGGAAUCAGAGACGACCAUACCGAGCAACAAAGACGAGACCAAGACGGAGUCCACAGAAUUCGAGAAGAAUCAGAAACGGUACCAAGACUUGAUCGCCACAUUUCCUCACGUGAAAGGCUGGUUUUCCAAAGGUCCCCUGAUCGAGUAUUGUGGUCACUGGUACAUACAGGCUGGCCUAGAAGGGUGCCUUCACGCGCAAGACUUCUUCCAAGCACGGCCCACUGACAUCCUCGUUUGUACCUACCCAAAGUCAGGUACCACUUGGCUGAAAGCUCUAACUUUCACCAUCGCCAAUAGAUCUCGCUUCGACGACGAUUCCUCAAACCCUCUCGAAAAACGCAACCCUCACGACCUUGUUCCUUUCAUUGAGAUAGAUCUCCCUCUGUUCCUUAACGGUGAUGCCCUUAAAGAAAACACUUUGUUUGCGACUCAUAUGCCGCACGAUUUGUUACCCGAAUCGGUUGCAAAAUCGGAUUGUAAAAUGGUUUACAUCUGGAGAGAUCCAAAGGACACGUUCAUCUCCAAGUGGGCUUUCUUUAAAAAAGAAAAAUCAGAUGUUGGCUCUCUCAACAGUCUUGAGGAGUCUUUUGAUAUGUUCUGUCGUGGUGUUUCGGUGUGCGGUCCCUAUCUAGAUCAUGUCUUGGGGUAUUGGAAAGCUUACCAAGAGAAUCCAGAUCAGGUUUUGUUUCUCAAGUACGAGACGAUGAGAGCUGAUCCGUUGCCGCAUGUGAAAAGAUUGGCUGAGUUUAUGGGUUAUGGGUUCACAAUUGAGGAAGAGGAAAAAGGUGUUGUUGAGAAAGUUGUGAACCUUUGCAGUUUCGAGACGCUGAAAAAUCUUGAUGUCAACCAAGGGGAGAGAAACAGAGAGGUCAUUCCUUCGAUUUAUUAUCCUAAUAGCGCCUAUUUCAGGAAAGGAAAGGUUGGAGAUUGGCAGAACUACCUCACUCAAGAGAUGGCAGCUCGGAUCGAUGGAUUGAUGGAAGAACAAUUUAAGGGAUCAGGUCUGCUUGAACAUACUUGGUAAUAUAUUAUGACCCGUUAAAUCUAGUUUGGUGGCGCAAUGAAUCAUCCCUUAACCA